CCCUCAUGGCUGUGGGUGAAGACGGCGGCCGGUGCUCGUCCCGUCUCGGCGUACGGAGACUGCGUCCGCGCCAGGCAUCAUCUCGGCGCCGUGCUGCGGGACCUGGAGUCGGAGGAGCUGCUGGACACCCGCGACGCCGCGGGGCGCUACGUCCUGCUGGAUUCCGCGGCGGCCAAUGUCGGGCAAGCGUCGUCCUUCCUCUCCGCUGCCAUGGGCGACAUGACGGCGGCCGAGCUCAUCGUGCUCCGGGGCUGCGGGGCCGUCCCGAUGGAUCCCGUGGCCAGCGUCUCCCUCAUCCGCGACGCCGACCACGGCAUGUGGCUUGCUCUGACCAGGCUCCAGGACGCCAGGGAGUAGGGCCGGCAAGCGCUCGUCCCCACGGAGGCUGCCUUCGGCCACCUGUGGGCCGCGCGGUUCAUCGGUGCCCGCCCUCCCCCGGCUGCUGGCCCGGACGCCGUCAUGGAAGACCAGGUCCGAGCCGCCAUGGACCAAAUCCGGACCGUGCUGGACUGAAUGGCCACCAUCGCCUUCGAGCCUGCCGCCCGCAAUCGCAUCCAGUAGAGGUGACUCAUUCUCUUGGUUAGAUCUGCCUGCACAAACUCUGUUCU